AUGAAACUUUCAAUUAUCAUUUUGGCUUGUUUAGCCUUUGUGGCUGCAGAACCUCUUUUGAAGCGUGAUGGAAUUAAGGCUGAUAAAGAUUUUUUGGUUAAACAAAAAUUCUUUUUGGAAAUUCUACAUGAUAUUCAGGAGCCACUCCACUUCCCACAAUAUUUGAAAGAUUCAGAAAUACUCAUCAGAGACCAGUCAGUUUACUUGAACUGGGAACAUGUUAAGGAUUUCUUCACCUAUUGGGAUCAACAAGAUUUCUUACCAAAAGGUCAUGUUUUCUCAAUCUACAAUGAAGAACAUCUUGAACAAGUUAUGUAUCUAUUCAACUUCUUCUACUAUGCUAAAGACUGGACCACUUUCUACAAGAAUGUUUGUUGGGCUCGUGUGCAUAUGAACGAAGGAAUGUUUGUUUAUGCCUUAACAAUGACUGUUUUACAUCAUAAAGAUUAUACUGGAAUCGUUCUUCCAGCUCCUUAUGAAAUCCUUCCAUAUAUGUUCUUUGACUCAAAAGUUAUUGCUGAUGCUUAUGAAUUCAAAAUGAAUUAUCUUCAAGAUAAAACCAAAGGCUACGAUAUGUGGUACGUUUGGGCUAACUAUACUCAAGACUAUUAUUAUUCACAUGAAGAGUCAACACUCUCCUACUUCAGAGAAGAUAUUGGAUGGAAUUCAUACUAUUAUUAUUAUCAUAUGGAUUAUCCAUUCUGGAUGGACGGUGAAGAAUUUGGUUUAACAAAAGAUCAUCGUGGUGAACUAUUCUUACAUAUGCAUCAACAAAUCUUAGCUCGUUACUAUAUGGAACGUUUAUCACAAAGAUUAGGUGACAUACCUGAUUUCACAUAUUUCACACCAAUAAAAUAUGGUUACAACCCACAUUUGGUACACUAUAAUGGUCAAGGUUUUACAGUUCGUAAAAAUUACUAUGAAGUAUAUAACACAGAUCAAUUGUUUGAUAUCCAAUUAGUUUUGGAUUAUGAACGUCGUUUCCGUGAUAUUGUUGACUUUGGUUUCUAUGUAACAUUUGAAGGCAAAAAAAUUGAUUUCAGAACACCAGAAGGUGUAGAAUAUCUUGGCAGCUUGAUGGAGCAUAAUGAAGAUAGUAUGGAUAAGACUUUCUUUGGAUACUGGAGACUAUUAUCGCAUUUACUUUUGGGAGGUUCCCACGGAUUGCACUUCACUGAUGAAAAAUGGAUAAUUCCAAGUGUUAUGGAACAUUUUGAAACUGCUAUGCGCGAUCCAAUCUUUUAUAUGCUCUACAAACGUUUAACAUAUAUUUACAUGUCUUAUCAAAGCUUUUUACCAGAAUAUACUUAUGACGAACUUAUGUACAAAGGUGUUGAAAUCACAGAUGUUCAUAUUGACAAAAUCGAAACUUUCUUUGAACAUUUUGAUGCUGAUUUAACAACUUUAAUGGGAUACAAUUGGAUGUUCAAGGAACCUAAUGUUAUGUUCAAAGCUCGUCAGUGGCGUCUUAAUUACAAACCCUUCAAUAUGAAUAUUGAAAUCAAAUCAGAUAAAGCACAAAAGGUCAUUAUUAAAAUUUUCUUAGGACCAAAAUAUGAUGAGUAUGGAAAACUUUAUACUCUUGAAGAAAACCGUGAAAACUUCUACCAAAUUGAUCAAUUUGUAUAUGAUCUCCCAGCUGGAAAAUCAGUUAUUAAACAUUCAUCAGAAGAUUUUUACUGGAACGUAAAAGAUCGCACAACUUGGACUGAAUUAUAUAAACGUGUUAUGUUAGCUAUUGACGGUAAAAUGGACUUUACUUUAGAUAUGACUGAAGCUCACUGUGGAUUCCCAGAACGCUUAUUAAUUCCAAGAGGUUGGGUUAAGGGUAUGCCAGUUCAAAUGUUCUUCAUGGUUCUUCCAUACCAAGAUGUCAAACAUUAUGAAGGUUACAAUGAAAAGAUCUCAUGUGGAGUUGGAUCAGGUCAUAGAUUCAUGGACAAUUAUCCUUUCGCUUAUCCAUUCGAUCGCGAUAUUACCGAUUUCGAAACCUUCUACGUGCCAAAUAUGCAUUUUGAAGAUGUUAAUAUCUAUCAUUUGGAACAUUAUGAUGAUUAUUAUGUUGGUUAUUAG